AUGGCUCCCGAAUUUGUCAAUAAAUAGUAUUAUUUUGGUAAACCUAUUAAUGUUUGGGCCUUGGGAGUUUUACUAUAUGUUUAUUAACAGGUCAUUUCCCAUUUAAAGGAUCAAAUGAUUCUGAUCAAUAUGGAUAAAUUAAAAAAGGAAUAUACAAAAAAGCUAAUGUGUCCCAUUAAUGUCAAAAAUUAAUUUAAUAAAUGUUAACCAUCAGAGCUAAUGAGAGAAUAACAACAUUAAGAGUAUAAAAAAAAUAAAAUACUAGAUCUUGUAAGACAGAUGGUUCAAUUAUUGAUUUUAAUUAAUUUUAUGUAAUAAAGAAUUCGUCUUCAGUUUGCAAAGGAUCUUAAAAAAACUUAUGGUUCAAAAUAAUCAUAAUCAAGUGAAUUAUCUGAUAGUCAACUUCAAUCCUCAUAAAAUUAAUCAUCAUAAGUAUCUUCAUUUGCUUUUAAAACUUCAAUUCCUUAAUUUUCUAAAUAAGAAAUCGAAAAGCAUGAUUAAACCUUGAAAGAACAAACUUAGAUAUAUAAUGAGAGAAAAAAGAGAAAUGGAUAGAAAUUUUAGCGUUUAACAAAAGAAUAAUAAUCAUAAUUAGUUAAACUUAUUAAGAGUGAUCCUUAAUUUUAAAAUUAAUUGAGUGAAGCUAUAAUUAAACAUACUGAAAUUGCAUCAUUCAUUAAGAAGGCUAAUACACUUAAAAUUAUGAAAUCAUUAAAUAAAACAGCUAUUGAAUUUAAAACAAAUAUGACUAAUAAAAUAUAAGCUAUCUUUCUCAAUCACCAAAAUUAAACAUAUAAUAAACUUAAAUAUUUACUAUAAGAAAAAGAGUAAUUAAUGAUUAAAGUAUUGGAAUAAAAAUUAUCUACUUAUGUUGAUAUUAAAUCAAAUUUCAAAGAUGCUUUAUUAAUAUAAUUGAAUAAAACAUUAUAAACUCAUUUAGAAGAAAACUGUAAAAAAUAUACUUAAGCUUUAUCAUCAUAAUUAUUAAUAAUGUAUGAAGGAAUUGCAUAAAUUAUUGGGCAACAUAUUGAAAUUAAUAAAGAAAAUAAAUUUGAAUAAGAAUUAUAUCAAUAAUUGUAAAAAGUUAAAGAUUACUUUGCUAAUUGUGAAUAAUAAUAUGUUAAAGUAUUUAUAUGAUAAAUAUCUUUUAUAGCGUCUAUAAACAGAUAUGAAUGAACAUUAUAUAAAUGCAAUAUAGACUAUUAUUUAAGUGUAAUAAAAACUUAAAUUAAAAUGA